CCUAUAUGAGACAGGAAGAGGGAGGUAGAGUGAAGGAUAGGGAGAGAUGUUUCCUUCCACAACCAGUGCAGUGCUGAACCAAGGGUUGGUGGCGAGUCAAGAGACCAUGGUGACUUCCCACAUGAGCUUCACCCCCCAAACCUCACCUCUUCCUCAUCUGGCCUUCUCUCCAUAUGGCCUUCAGCACUCUCUGGGAGGGGAUGCUCCCUCUAAUCCAAGGGAAAGCCUCCCAUCCUUGCCUCUAAGGCUCAGAGUUGGUGGCUCACCCCAAAUUGGAGCUUCUGCAGUGCAAAGGCCAAGCAGCAACAUUCUUUGGCCAUGGAAUGAAGAGUGGUCAUUGAACAACAAGAGAUCCUCAGUUGGAGAGGCUCAUCAUAACAACAACAGGAACAACAGCAGCACUAGCAAUAUUGGUUCUAGUAGUAGUAUCAACUGUCUAUCAGUCAGCGCUUUAAGGAUGAAGAAGAUGAAGGCAAGAAGGAAGGUAAGGGAGCCAAGGUUUUGUUUUAAGACCAUGAGUGAAGUGGAUGUGUUGGAUGAUGGCUACAAGUGGAGGAAGUACGGCCAGAAGGUUGUGAAGAAUACACAGCACCCAAGGAGCUACUACCGAUGCACUCAGGACAACUGCCGAGUUAAGAAGCGGGUCGAGCGUUUGGCUGAGGAUCCAAGGAUGGUGAUCACGACGUAUGAGGGCAGGCAUGCACAUUCUCCAUCGCACGAUGAAGAUGAUCAGAACCGAGCUGCGUCUCAGAUCAACUUCUUCUGGUAGUUGGUAUAAGUUCUCUCACAUUCUGUACGUGCGUCAUGUAUUAUUUGUGGUAGUCCCAUGUAAGUGAUCAGAAUAAAAAGGCCUUUGGCUGGGUCCCCUUAGUCUUUCUGGAGUUGUGUAAGUGAACGAACUAUAUCUGCAUCAAUUUCCGAUGUGAAAUGGGAGAAGAAAUAGUUGUUAAUGCAUGGAAGGCUGCCAAAAUAUUGUAAGAGUCCUUUAGGUAAUGUUCACUUUUAUAUAUAGGUGUGACAAGGUUGUUCCUGUAGGGCAGCAUGAGCUUAAUUUGCUAGCUUUUCUUUUUC